AUGUCACCUGGAGCGAGUGGCGCGCGGCGUGGAACGCGAGUCGCGACCCCAGAUUCCGGCGGUAGCGCGCGCCGGCCCUCGCGCCGCACGGGACGGGAGGGUUGGGCUGGCGGCGAGGUGAGAGUAAAGGAUGGAUUUUAAGGCGGGGGCCUCCUGGGACACGCGCUCAGGUUGGAAGGUGGAGUGAAUACUAGGUUGACGAGUACACCUUAUUCUGCACCCUUGCGCCCGCCUCGGGAACUGCACGUGGCACCCCCACCCCUGCCUCCCACGCGGACGAUUGUAUGGCCGGCAGGGCUCCCCCGGCGGACCAGGCUAAUGGUUCGCUCCGCCCCGCCCACACAGAGGCCGCCCACUGACUCGCGGCGAUUCAGAACUCCUCCGUCCGAUCAUCUGCGGAGGAAGGGGGCUCGACCUCCGCCCUCAGAAUCUCUGAAGGGUAGGGGGCGUUGGUUUCAGCUCUGACUCUGCACUUGGACCCAGGCUGGGUCCCAACCUCCACCCUUGGACUUGUCACUAGGAAGCUCGACAGCCUCUGCCUUUGGACCUGGGGGAAAGUCUCUACCUCUGCUGUCAGACUCUAAAAGGGCUUCUUCAGGGUCUGGUCUCGACCUCAGCUUCUCUCCUUCCCCCACAUCUCCAGA